AUGGUUGCUAACUCACAACAGGUUGGCAUUCGCCAAGAUCCUAAUCCACCACCCAAAUCAGCUAAUGAAGUGAGCACUUCUAAUACUAAUCAACUUGCUCAACAAUUGCCUCAAUUAACUACAGUGGUUGUGGGGCAUGCUACUGAUACUUUCCCUACUCUAAUUGAGGGAGAGACUGAGGGUGUUAAUGCUUUUCAGCAAACUACCCAAGCGUCCAUCAAAAUUUUGGAGAAUCAGGUGGGACAACUAGCGGCAUCAUAUAACAGGUUGGAAUAUCAUCUUUCUAAUAAAUUGCCUUCACAACUUGAGAAGAAUCUCAAGGAGAAUGUAAGUGCGAUAACACUGCAAAGUGGUAUACAAUAUGAGCCACCCACACAACCUUCAUCACCAGCUCUAGUGCAAAAGCAAGUAGUAGACAACUCCAUCCAUGAUGAACCAUCAAUGCAGAAAAAGUCACAUAAACCAACUAUGCUAACCUAUGUCCCUCGUUCGCCUUUUCCAAGCAGAUUGAAAAAGUUUAAGAAAGGGGAAGCUAACAAGGAAAUUCUUGAGACUUUUCGCAAAGUUGAGGUAAACAUUCCAUUACUUGAUGAUAUUAAACAAGUGCCACACUAUGCUAAAUUUUUGAAGGAGUUGUGCACGAAUAAGAAGAAAUUGAAGGGUGAUGAAAAGAUAAGUGUGGGGGAGAACGUCUCUGUUGUUCUCCAAAAGAAGCUACCACCAAAAUGUAAGGAUCCUGGAACCUUUAUAAUUCCUUGUAUGAUUGGGAAUAAAAGGAUUGAGCGGUGUAUGAUAGAUUUGGGAGCAUCGAUUAAUGUCAUGUCGUAUUCAUCAUAUCCUUCUUUAAAUCUUGGGCCACUAAAGGAGACACGGGUUAUUGUUCAGCUGGCCGAUCACACUAAUGCUUAG